AACACUGCGCCUGUGCUGAAACUAGCGCCGCAUUUUCUCAAACAUGGCAGCACAGAUGGCGGCUACGAAGGUACCAGAGGUCCGUGACAUUACAAGGAUUGAGAGAAUUGGUGCUCACUCGCACAUUCGCGGCCUUGGUUUGGAUGAUGCAUUGGAACCCCGACAGGUGUCCCAGGGGAUGGUUGGCCAGCUGGCAUCUCGUCGGGCAGCUGGACUCAUCCUGGAAAUGAUCAAAGAUGGCCAUAUCGCUGGCAGGGCUGUGCUGAUCGCCGGCCAACCUGGCACUGGGAAAACUGCCAUUGCCAUGGGCAUUGCCCAGUCUCUCGGCCCUGACACGCCCUUCACGGCGAUGGCGGGGAGUGAAAUCUUCUCUCUGGAAAUGAGCAAGACGGAGGCCCUCAGCCAGGCCUUCAGGAAAGCCAUGGGAGUAAGGAUCAAGGAGGAGACUGAGAUCAUCGAGGGUGAGGUCGUGGAGAUCCAGAUCGAUAGGCCAGCCACUGGGACGGGCGCCAAGGUGGGCAAGCUGACUCUGAAGACCACGGAGAUGGAGACCAUCUACGACCUGGGCAGCAAGAUGAUCGAGAGCCUGACUAAAGAGCGGGUUCAGGCUGGGGAUGUGAUCACCAUAGACAAAGCCACUGGGAAGAUCAGCAAGCUGGGUCGCUCCUUCACCAGAGCCAGGGACUACGACGCCAUGGGAGCACAGACGCAGUUUGUUCAGUGUCCAGAGGGGGAGCUGCAGAAGAGGAAGGAGGUGGUCCACACUGUGUCCCUCCACGAGAUCGACGUCAUCAACAGCCGCACGCAGGGCUUCCUAGCCCUGUUCUCCGGGGACACUGGCGAGAUCAAGUCUGAGGUCCGCGAGCAGAUCAACGCCAAGGUCUCCGAAUGGAGGGAGGAAGGCAAGGCCGAGAUAAUUCCAGGGGUGCUGUUCAUCGACGAGGUGCACAUGCUGGACAUGGAGUGCUUCUCCUAUCUGAACCGGGCCCUGGAAAGUGACCUGUCCCCUGUCCUCAUCAUGGCCACCAACAGAGGCAUCACCCGUAUCCGGGGCACCAACUACCAGAGCCCCCACGGGAUCCCCAUAGAUCUGCUGGACCGCCUGCUCAUCAUCGCCACCUCCCCCUACACAGAGAAGGAGACCCGACAGAUCCUCAAGAUCCGGUGUGAGGAGGAGGACGUGGAGCUGAGCGAGGAGGCUCACACCGUCUUGACCCGCAUCGGCCAGGAGACGUCUCUCCGCUACGCCAUCCAGCUCAUCAGCACGGCCGGCCUGGUGUGCCGCAAACGCAGGGGCACCGAGGUGCAGGUAGAAGACAUUAAGAGGGUCUACUCACUCUUCCUGGACGAGUCGAGAUCCUCCCAGUACAUGAAGGAGUACCAGGACUCCUUCCUGUUCAACGAAGCACAAGCCCCUCAGAUGGAUACGUCUUCAUGAAGGCGGCUGUCGGUGUUUCUGUUCUCCUGUCGAGUUGUUCUGUUCCUGCCUUCCACCAUGUUUCCCAUUGAGGCCUUCCUGUUGGAAUAUCCAUUCCUUUCCUCAUGUCUUGGAUAAUCUUUAAAAAAAUAAAAAAUAGAAGCUGUUUAUUUUUAUUGUCUUUAUGUACAUUAAACUUUUUUUUUCAUUA